AUGGCUCCAACGCAAGACCGAAUGCGCUGCUUGCCGUGCCUUGUUGACCAAACUGAUCCAGAGACCACAGCAGGCUACUCAGACAGGUGGGGUGACUGCGUCUGUCCAGAGGGCAGUGCCCUGAAAGAGCGCACGAGCGAUGGUUCCUACCAGCCUCACAAAACAUGCGUGAAGUGCGCCGAAGGGAUUCUCUUCAGCCCCACGUCCGAACCUCUCCCCAAUUACGACUGCAAUCCAUGUCCGGACUUUCAGCGGAUGUAUCGGCAAGCGUCCACUGGCCAGUGCAUCUGCAGACAAGGUACCACGAAUGACGGCUAUCUGGAAGCAGGUGGGUCUUGCGUCAGCGCGGCCGAGUUCAACGAGAUCAACGACCGAUUCCCCGAGACUCCUGCCGUCAUUGUCGAUUUCCGGGACCUCAUCGAUGGUCGUGAGAGCUGGUGGCAGUCCGGCCCGUUCGGGCAGUUCUUGGGGAUCGAGGCUCGGACAGGGAGCACCCUGCAGAUGCUGAGCUUGGACUCUGCCGGCCAGGAUGUGCGAGUGACGAGUGCAGCGAUGAAAUGGCUCUACAUCCGAUGUGGCGUCGGUUGCCUACGUGGCAAUGCCACGGCUUGCCAGUGCAUCUCUAACCUUUGCGUACUGCAGCUUUACGACGACCAAGCAACUGUCUGCAACUUCGUUCAGGAUUUGUACCAGGGCAAGCCUCGUGUGGAAGGCUCUGCAGUACAAGACAUGCCCUGGCUCUACUACAGCCCACAGCGGCCCCUACAGACGCUCCAAGAUGCAAGCCUGAACUGGAGAUACACUUUCGCAGACGUUUUGGUGUUCUGGCUUGCCUCAUAUUCCCUGGAGGGGUCUUGGCUCGGAUGGACGAAGCUGGAGUCGCAACUGGAUCCAUGUGCCAGCUUCGUCUCCACUUCCGAAAAGCCAAGGAGCCUUCCAUCGGCCUGGCGCCGCUUCGGAAGCUCACUCCGCUCAGAGUGUAACAUCCUGGCUCGAAGCGUUCUGGACUGCGGCGCCCACCCAGUUCUCUACGACUUAUUUAUCGAGAACACUGAUGGGACCCUGGUGCCGGUGCCGGUUCGCAUCUUGAACCUCGUCCAGAACGGGCAACGCCCCAAUCUGAAGGAGAACGACUUAGGCGAGAACGUCUUGGUCCGUCGCUUUUUGCUCUGUGAUGCCGUGUCUGGGCGCGAGAGCGGCCCCGGAGGGCCGGGCCAGGCCUAUUUGUCGAAAACCGGAUACCUGCGGGUGGUCCGCUGGGCAGCCCAUCUGGCAGUGCAGGUGCGAGUGCGCCCUGAGGGAGAUGGCCAGGUAUAUGUGCCGGUCGUGAGCAUUGCUUAUGCCGAGAAGAGAACUGACAACCUGCAGGAGGACACCACUCUUCCAGGCAGUUUUGCUGCAGAGUACACAAUGGAUACAUCUGGCUACUGGACAGCCGUCACGGUCCUUUUCGUGCUCCUAUUGUUGUCUCUAUUGGGGUUGGUGACAUUCAGACUGUGUCUCCUCUCUCAGCGGUAUCCGAAUGUGCCAGUUUAUCCCGACCCACACCUUUUCGCUCCAAGACUCGUCCUGCAAGUGCUUGUGCUGUGCUCGACGACUGCGUCGUUGCUCUUUUGGUUCCAGUACUUCAUGACGCUCUUCUGGUUAAUCAUGUUCAAGGGGCAGAACGUACCGCUCCUCUUACUGCCAUCGGCUCUGGGAGGUGGGCAAUACGAAGCUCACGAUGUCAUGCUGGUUCUUGUCUUUUGCUUGGCCGUCUUUACAGUCAGCUUCGGGUUGUGGAAGCACCUUCGUGUGUUCUUCUUUUUGGUUGACUGGGAAAAGCCUCGCGGUGAGCGGGAGACUCUCAUGGCGCCCGCCCAGCCGUCUCAGCCUCCGCCUCCGCCGCCACCCGGGGGGCCACCCGGUCCUGCUCCACCGGCACCGCCGGCACCUGGAAGUCAGUUGGUUGGCGCUCCCUUGCUGAGCGGAGGCUUUGCGCAAGGCUUCCCACCGAGUGAUGCCAACACGGAAGUUGCCAUUCCUGACUCUGGCAUCUCUGCAUGGAGGACCCUGUUCGUUUGCAACGAAUUGAACGAACGCCUGUCCGCCACUCGCGCAGUUCCUGAAGUUACAUGGCUGUCCAUGGUAUUACUGCUGGACGGCUUCAAUUGGGUAAGUGCGGCGAGAUGGAACACGCACACUGAUAGCGAGCUUUCUUCUUUGGCGGCAGACUUGAACCCGUUCCUGCAGUUUGCUCUGGGAGUAAGCGUCUGGAUCUUCGUCCUGGUGCUGCAGUUCCUCCUGCAGCGCGUCGGCAGCAUUUUCUUGGGUCACGACCUGAACGACUUUGUCGACGUCUGCUCGGUAGCCAACGUGUCAGUGUUCAUUCUGGACGAGCCUUUCCAUGGGUACUAUAUCCAUGGAAAAGCACCAAGCAGCCGUGGGGACUGGGGCCACACGGAGCUUGAACGAGUCUUGCACGAUGAGGACAAGGGCAUCGGCUUCAACCGAGGGCUCACGCCAGAUGGUUGCCAGACAUUUGAGAUGUUCCUGGCACCGGAUACAGCAGUGCAGCUUCCAAAUGGCAACGUGGCACAUUUUCGGCAGGAGCUUGGCAAGGUCUUCGUUGAAGUGCAGCAGACCCAAGACACUGUGCGAAGAAGAGAUCCGCCAAAGCCAAUUUCACAGGAUGUAGCGCAGAUGUCGCAGCACCGUUGCAACGUUCAGCUGCUCGUGGAUGCCAUGGUGAAUGCAGUGAUGCGGGGAGCCGGUGAUGUAAUACAGGUGCGAAGCAGCUUCAACUGGUUCUGGGGGACCGGUCCUGCAGGAGGAGUGGGGGCCUUGCCGCAUCCCGUCUUCUACAAAGACCAAGAUGGCACCUCAUUCCCGAAUGGUCUUGCGUGGGCAUCUUCGCUUGCUUAUGGCGCAGAGCUGCGAGUUUGUGGUGUGGCCCUGCCAACGGGAUUUGAAUGGCACUUAGGGUUGCUCGAGCUCAUGACUUUCUCCUUGCUUUGGCGCUUUCAGGGCUCUGUGGUUCUGGCUGCGGGCCUGGCCUAUGUCCUGAACAGGUGUGUUCUCAUGACUUACUCUGCUGCCGGAAAGGUUCGGCUAGCCCAUACGACCAUCAUAAACAGCAUGUUCCUCAUUUAA